AUGUCAGGCUUUCUUAUCAAUCAAGAGCCGCCUACUCGUCUCGAGCGCUUCGUCCAAGACACCAUCGACUCAUCCAAAGGUUUCUUCGCAUAUCUCUUCCGCGGAAGCUGUCUGGAAUACUGGAUGCUUGACCCCAAUGGUCAGGCCUAUACACUCUUCAUGAUGACGCUGCUAGGCGUCUCGACUUGGUUGCUCACACCGAACCAAAACUCAAAGACUGUUGUAGCUUCAAAGCCCGAGCAGGACUGGCCGUUGAGCGAAGUGGCUGAGGAGAUGGAUAUCGACGGUGAGGGAUAUCCUAGCGACGAACACCAACCAUUCACUCCGCGUCACUUGUCCUUUCCCCGCGAAGAUACAUCCAUCAUGCGCAAGCUAGCACCUCCCGGCUACCAUCCUGUCAACGCGCACAUCGAAGGCUCGCCUUUUCGCGUGAGACAACCUCUGGGACCUCGCGUUCGCCAAUCCGUACCGUCUGUCCAUCAGGCUCCCUCUCCACUCAACCCCAGGCUUUCCAAAGCUUUCUCGACUAGACCUCUACAGCGCGAUAACUUCUCGAGCCUUCACAAAGAUACUCCGAUAGCCAACAAGACUCUCCAGGAAACCAGCCGUACUGAUGCGCCUGACAUCUUUGAGGAGUGCAAGACGCAGAGCCCUGUGGUUGCUCACUGGUCAAAUGAGGGCGGCCAGCGUUAUGAUCGAGCGACCUUGAGGCGCGAAGUGGCUACCAAGUAUCUUUCCUAG